AUGCAUCGCGAUCACCAUCAGCAGCACAAUGAGCGAGACGCAUGCCACUCUGGCAGCAGCCCCGCCACCAGCGGCAGCAGCACUGGUGCUGUUUCGACAGUCCUUGGCAACAACAGCGAAGGCGACCACUUUGUGAAUGAUGCCGCCGCCGAUGGCAACCAGGCCAGUAACAACAGCGAGGGCACAGAUGGCGGCGGCAGUGGUGGUGAUGGUGGACUGGAACACCGGCUUCUGGUCGAGGUGCGCGCUCGCCUUGGUGACCGCUGGAACUUCGCCGGCCCCUUCCGCAUCGGCUGGUCCAAUGCUGCCGACCCCCAUGAGCGGCUGCUGACCUACCUUGUCGUCGUUCGCAAAGAUGCUAUUUUUGACGAUGUCUGCGUCGCUACUGAACUGGCAGCCCGCUGCCAGGAGAUCUUUGUGAGUCGUGGCCUCGUCGACAUCGCAGUCGAGAUUGCCCAGUUUGUAGCGACUCCUUGCAGCGACAAUGACGAUCCUUCUCACCCCUCCGGAACUGAAGCCGCCGCCGGGUGGCACCCCAAGAACGAUUUCGAACAUGACUUUGGACCCAACCCCGCCAUCGGGCGUAGUAUUGGCACUACUAGAGCGACAGACAGCACGGCUACAUUAUGCGGCUAUAUCAAGAUCGAUGGUCAUAAGUACGGUUUGACGUGUCACCACGGCUUCUCAUCAGAUAGUAGGUUCACGCACACUUCCAUCCCUCCUUCAUCAUGCAAGCACCUGGUAUUAAAGACUGCUUCCUUCGUAGGAACACCCGAAGACCCCAUCUCGAUGUCGGCCGAACCACUUGUCGUGGAGAGCCCAUCUCCAGCUGACCAGGCAAGAUGGAGACAAUGGCUGGAUGAGCAGCUCAUCGAAGCGAGGCGCUACAACACGGCUCUGCAGGACAAGAAGGAACUUGCGGAACAAUACAGUGGCUUACCGUUUACGAAGCAGCAAGAGGAAAACAUGGCCAUGUGGCAAAGGCGCAUCCACACGCUGAAAGACAAACUCCAAACUCUGGAUGAUGCACACGAUACAGCAUCUAGCCACCGGCGACGCCUGGGUACGGUUCUGCUGUCUUCUGGACUUCGCGAUAAGACUAAAGAGGGUUUUGUUCCUGAUUGGGCGCUCCUCACGCUCAAUCCGGGUCGAUUUACAGACCUGGAAGGAGUUGACAAUGUCUUCCCCGUCUUCGCUCGCAAGGACUACAUCACACCCCCCAGCAUCGACCGGAGCAAUGUCGACUGCACAUCCCACUCAACCUCCAAGCUCAAGGAAGUGCUCGGCCAGCGUCCUGUCAAUGUCUACAAGAUCGGCCGCACAACGGGCACGACAGCAGGACGGCUGCACGAACUGCGCGUCGUGGCGGUCACAUACCACGGCGGGGUGGCGGUCGAGACCAAGGCGUGGGCGGUGACGGACGCGCCAGACAAGAGCAGCGGCUUCUCGGGGCGUGGGGACUCAGGCGCGGCGGUCGUGGAUGAUGACGGCGUGGCAGUCGGCAUGCUGACGGCAGCCGGCGGCCAGCUGGGCGUGCCGUCGUGCCUCACCUUCGUGCUGCCUAUGGAGGAGAUGCUUGAGCACGUCGGCCGCCGGGUUGCAGACCUUUGCGGGCAUAGAACUGCUGGACAAGGUGCAGAGGCUGGUGCUGAUGCUCGUACUAAUGUUACGGGUAAGGUUGAGUGGCUCUAG